UAAAGUUAGUGUGACAGUCAGCACUUUACUACGGAGGACAACAUUCAUUUCAUUGAACUGAACGAGUCAGCAGCUACGGAGAGGAUGACCAGUUAACGUGACAGGACGUACAUGCUGGACGCGUAAAUCCCGUGUUUCACAUUAACGUCCUCAAGAAUACUUUACGUUACAUCUGCUCCAUCAACACCUCACACUCCUCACAUGGACCGACAGCAGCUCAGUGAAAUAGGACCACAUGGUCUUUGUAAUCCACCGUCAGACUGUGAUGCUGGAGAAGUUACUGAUAAAGGAAAGCAAGACGUCUCCGUCCUUGAGACUGAUUUGUUGUCCAUGGAGCAUGGUUUGGAAAACUGGUCCGGUUCAACUGAGGGUAUCACGACACGCACCGAUGACAGCGCCUACUACGUCACAUGGGCGGUUUACAUUGCCCUAGCUCUCCCAAGAGAGGAAGACGUUGAUGCCCCGGAAAAUCCUGGAAAGGCCAGGAAAAAAGAUAUAGAUAUGUCUACCGUUUUAAUGAAAGUCUAUAGAGCUCAGAGCUGCUAUCAUAUUGAAUACAAGCUGUUGCCAGGUGAUACGCAAACAGUCAAAGUGGACUUAGUGGUGUUCGGGCCAGUUGCAAAAAUUUACAAAGAAGAUGAGUUCAAGAUGCUUAGACUGUGGCAAGAAGGAGAUCAGACAUGGGUUGGUUGGAGCCAGGAUUUCAAGGUCAGAGUCAACAGGGAGCUGCUGAUCAGUCUACUUCCUCAUAAGAUCACGCUCCAGAUAUGGAACAGUAAGGACAAAUUGUCCCGCCGGGCCUUCUACGAAAGACUGAAAGCCUUCAGACUGACACGAGAUCAGCCUGAGGAUGCAACGUGUGGUGGUAUCAAGACCAUGGUAAAGAAACUGAGAUCCUCGUGUGAGAAAUUUCAACAACCCACAAUUGAUGCUUUCAACCUUGAGGAUAUCAAACAGAAUGGCACCGUCUCAGCUGAAAUCAGUCCCAUUUGUUUGUUGGCGGGUGAGACCUCAUUGACUCAACGCUUCCCAGUCUGUUCAUCUGGUGUGUUUGAGGUCGUGUGCAACAUCUCACUGAACAGACCGCUAAUAUCUGACCAACUGAAGGCUGAACUCAAUCCACUGAUCAUCAACAUUAUGUCCGCCAACUCAAUGCCUUCAUCGCCGGUCCCUUUCCACGUCCUACAGGAAAAAUGUUUGCCUGCAUAUUGCCAGUACAAGUUCAAUGACUUGAACAUGCACAGAACAAACUACCACAAGCAUGGCACCAAAAUCUACUUCAGAGACGUGAAUGUGAUCCUGACUGGCUUGAUGAGUCCAGAGGAGCUCAGAGAGUUCCUCUCCGGUCCACCUCUUGAGAUCGAGGUUCACGAUCGGGACAGAAAGUUGGAAGGAACUCCAAAAACGGCAGCAACGUUUGCCACAGGCUCAGGUAGCGACGACCUGUGUGGUGCGGUGGUCAGGAACUCUCAUGGUGUUGCAAGGCUGAACUUCUCUGAGCUGCUGCUUGGGAAGAAAAGCCUAAAGGAGCACUUGCAAAUCAAAUGCUGCCCUCCGCCUCCGCUGCCGGACAGGGAGCGGAACAGGAAGAGGACAGACACAACGGCUAGCAGGGAGCCCGUGCCACCAGGCCAUUAUGUUGAUGCCAAUUCCCAACUCAAAGUCCAGGUAGAGAUAUCUUGUCCACUCAACAUCAAGGACGACAGCUGUGAUGGUCCGUAUGGGCGCAUCAUCUACCUCUUCGACUACAACAACUUCUCGUUGAUGACAAAGCUGAGGUCGGAGAUCCUCAGAAUCAACGCAUCAGCUUUCCAUCUGGACUCGCGCUCACUGGAAAACAUGGAGCAGGCCCUAUCAAAUUACAAAAUGAAUUUCAAGCACGGCGAGGGCCGGGAUCUGGAUUUCGUUACGGGAUUCUCCGUGCUAGAUAAGAGGGCACACAUCUUUGUUCUUGAAGGGCUGAAACAUAGAGCAGUGAGGAGACUCUGGGAGGCCUUUCCUAUGAAGCUAAGUGGGAGUGAGGAGGAGCAGGUGAUAGUCCUCUACAAUUCAAGCCUGGGUUUCUUCAAGCGCAUCUACUCAUUAGAUGUGAGCCUGACACCUAUUCAUUUAAAUGAGUCACUGGAGACCAUCAUGAGACAGCCUCUGGUCUACAUUAGGGGCAUGGUCCCCCAACCCUGCUUCCAAGCUUUGUUAAGAGUUAAGUAGGUGUGCUGUUGAUCCUCA